UUAAACCGAACUGUGCAUAUACUGGUUGACGUUAGGGUUAAUAGCCAACCACCUCAAUCCCUGCAUUUGGUAGUUUAUACAGGCGACAGCAGCUGCUUGUAAAAAUAUUUCGUCGAAGGCUAACAUUAAGGAGUGGUUUCUGUCCAUAACGCUAAGUUACUUAAAAUACGCAGGCACAGAACAGCGCGAACUUUAACAAGCUAACAUUAACGACAUCAACCUGCUGCCAACCAGCUAAGUUAGGUAACUGCUCUGUUCUGUGUACACAACUGUACUUACUAGCAAAUACAACGAGCCUUGAGCCACAUAUCUGCUAACGCUCAACCACUAGAACUGCUACAUCAAUGCUAAUGCUAGCGAACGUUAACUAGCUUUUUGAGGCAUUCGUCGAGGCUACAAGAACAGCGGCGCCUGAGCGGAUAGUCAACAUGGGUCCGAGAAAGAGAGGAGCAAAGAAAAGGAAAACCGAGGAGGCUUUUGGAGGAGAAAAGGAGGGUGAACACACUGAGGAGGAGGAGGCUGAAGGGAGAGGAGACAGGAGGAGAAAGGACCCUGCUAAUAAGAAAUACAUUGGAGCUCAUGUUGGCAUCCAAGGUGGGAUAUGGAAAGCAGUGGAGUCCUCCACAGAGAUGGGUGGCAGCAGUUUUGCCCUGUUUCUGGGCUCACAGCGGUCAUGGAAGAGGCCUGCACUGGACCAGACAGCUGCAGCCAAGUUUCGGGAGCAAUGUUUCCUACAAGAGUUCGACCCAGCUCACAUCCUGCCUCAUGGGUCCUACCUGAUGAACUGUGGAUCUCCUAAAGAGGACGUGUUUGAGAAGAGCCAGGCCCUGCUCGUGGAUGAGCUCAGCCGCUGCAGCCUCCUGGGCCUCAACCUUUACAACUUCCACCCAGGCUCCUCUCUAGGCUCCAUCACCACUGAGCAGUGUGUGGACAAGAUAGCAGGAUCCAUUAACCACGCUCACCAGCAAACACCUGCUGUGGUUACAGUUUUGGAGAACAUGAGUGGUCAGGGCAGUACGGUGGGCGGUAAAUUCUCAGAGCUGAAGAGCAUUAUAGACAAAGUGAGAGACCAGACCAGAGUAGGAGUGUGUCUGGAUACCUGCCACGCCUUCGCAGCAGGACAUGACCUGGCUGCAGAGGGAGGAGUGAAGGCCAUGCUUGAUGAGUUUGAUCAGGAAGUAGGGCUCCACUAUCUUAAAGCCAUCCAUCUCAAUGACUCCAAAGGUAAACUAGGCUGCAACCUUGAUCGCCAUGAAGACAUAGGUAAAGGUCACAUUGGAAUCUCUGCUUUCCGAGAUAUUGUCAAUGAGCCCAGACUGGACAACAUCCCUCUGAUACUGGAGACACCUGGACGGCCAGGAUUUGAGUAUGCUGAGCAGAUUGAACUCCUCUAUUCUCUCUGUGAGAAAAAGUAAAGAACCCUUACUGACGAAUUAGCACUUCUAAACUGAACCCUGCGAAACCACAGCUCACACGUCUGUUAAGUGUUUGUCAAGGACCAAAGUGGAUGAGUGAUUAAACACACUCAGAAUUUGUUUGGUUGUUAAUCACCGUGUGAACAGCUUCAGUGGGCUUUGUCUCUGAAUGAACAUGAGUUGAAUAAAUGUCUUUUUGUUUGA